AUGGCCAAGAUGGAGCAGAGGGUCAUUUCCUUUAAUGGGUAUCAUGAUCACCUGCUCAUUAAUUCUGGGACUCUGAGGCAAAGAGAAAAAUUCCCCGGCUUCUGCAGCAACAUUUCAAUAACCGCAAAUGUCACUUGGCUUUCCUAUCUCAGCAGACUCCAGGAGUGUGGCCUGAUGAAUCUUGGAUCAGCUUCACAAUUCAUUGUGGAUUUCCCUGCUCCUGUGAUUCAGGUUCAAACCCAUGAGCUUGGCCCAAUAGAUUCAAAGGGCGGAGAGAGGUUACAGGAAUCUGCAGGGCCAGGGCCUCCCAAAAGAGUUCACACAAACCCCUGCACGGUCCAGAGGGGCCUCAUGCUCCUUGCCACCUUCGGAUUGCUGAUCGGAACAGCUGUUGGGGUCUGGUUUCUAGUGAAGCAACUGCUGAAGCCCCUUCCCCUUCCAGAGACACCCCCCUUCCAAGACACAGAGGCACUUCUAACCAGGUGCAGAGACGUUAUGGAAGAGAAAGAGGAGGACGAAGAAGAUGGAGCACCCUUUGGCACGGCUGGUGGCAAGAAAGUCUCUUUCAGAGUAAACAGAGAUACCUUCCUACUGGAAGUGCAGGCAGGGGACCUACCCAGCUGGCUCCCGGUGUGUCACGAUGGUUGGGACUUGGCAUUGGGGACGUGGAUCUGCAGGCGGCUGGGUCAUGUGCGGCUCACCCACCACAAAGGUGUGAACCUGACAGAUGUGAAGGUGAACAACGCCCAGGCCUUUGCUCAGCUCACACCCAACUGGAAAGGAAAUGUUGAGGAUAUGUUACAAAUCAGGAACAGAUGCCCUUCAGGACGAAUUGUGGCCCUGAAAUGUUCAGAGUGUAGCGCCCUCUCCAAGGGACACAGGGAUCACCCUUUGGACCAUUGGCUCUGGCUGGUCAGUCUCCACCUCGGAUCCAAGCGUAUCUGUGCCGGCUCGGUGCUGUCCCACGAAUGGAUUGUGACCGCUGCCCACUGCGUGCACAAGCAAGCAGUCGGUGGCAGGACUGUGCCCCAUGUUGAGGUUAAGGACCAGGUGGCCCCUGCCGUGGAAAAGGUCCUUAUCCACCCCCACUAUGGCUCCCAGAGCAGGGACUACGACAUUGCAAUGCUGAAGCUGAAUGAACCCUUGAAUUUCUCAGAGACAACCCAGGCAAUUUGCUUACCCAGGUACCAUCAAACCAUCCCCAUUGGCAGCAAGUGCUGGAUCCCAGGAUGGGACUUCACACAGCCAGAGAAUGCCCAAGCAGUUGAGAUGAACGUGCCAGCAAAGUUGAUGGGUACGCAGAAAUGCAACCGCUCAUGCGCCUACGCGGGUGAGCUCACCACCCGGAUGCUGUGUGCCGACUACCUGGAUGAAAGCACCGAUGCCUGCCAGAGUAACAGUGCAGGACCACUCAUUUGCCAGCAUGAGCAGACGUGGCACUUGGUUGGAAUUGGGAGCUGGGGCUCUAGGUGUGCGAUGCCAAGACGCCCUGGCAUUUUCACCAAGGUGACGGAAUUCCUGGACUGGAUCCAUCAUGUCAUGGAGACCUACAUCAUCCACUAG